AUGGCGAAAAAUCUAUCAAUCCAAUGCUCAAAAUUACGGAUUUCUGACGAAGAGAAUGAAAUUGUGGACUUAGGAGAUGUUAUUUCACCGGAAGUUGAUGACCAAGUUUCUUUGAUGCUAGUAGGAUGCCUCGUCACAGAUCGACCCUUUAACCUCGAUGCUUUUAAGAAGACUAUGGUUAUGGCUUGGGCAGUGUCGAAGAAGGUGGUGAUUCAGGCGGUGGCUGCGAAUCUUUUUGUUAUCCAUUUCUUUCAUUGGCGUGACAAGGAGAAAGUGAUGGAAGGUCGACCAUGGUGCUUUGAUCAGCACUUAUUGGUUUUGAACGAGUUGUCGGGUGAUGAACAGCCAACAAAAAUUCCACUCAAUCUGUCUCCUUUUUGGGUACGUAUAUAUCAUUUGCCCUUUAACUGUCGUUCCGAUAAUGAUGUACGUGCCAUUACUGUUGCAUUGGGAUUGGUGUUAAGCAUCGAACCUGAUGCCCUAGGGCUUAAUAAAUAUCGUAGGGUUAAAGUGUUAUUGGAUGUUAAUAAACCCCUGCGACGUAUACAAAAAAUUAAAGGAAAAAAUGGUACUACUUUGACGAUUGAGUUUAAGUAUGAACGCUUGCCUUAUUUUUGUUUCAAGUGUGGGGUGAUGGGACAUGGAGAAAAGGACUGCCCUAGUGCCCUUGAUGAUCCGCAGGAUGGUAACUUUGGCUGGGGACUUUGGUUAAAGGCCUCUCCUCGAAAAGGGAGGUCUCGCUAUUUAGAGGAAGAGGCAUAA